AUGAUCAACUCAAAAAGUACAUUCAAUAUCAUCGCAAUAUCUAUCUUAUGCCUCUCCGUAGCCAUGUUAUCGGAAGGUCAAGCUAGCCCUUUUCUAUUGCAAUUCGAUCGAUGGGAAAUGUUGCUUCCGAGCAUCGGUAUAUCCGCCAUGCACAUGCAGCUUCUCCACAACGGCAUGGUCAUAAUGUUCGACCGUACUGAUUUUGGUACCUCAAAUGUAUCUCUACCCGGAGGCGUCUGUCGAUAUGAUCCUACUGACACGGCCGUCAAGUUCGAUUGCAGCGCACACUCGGUUCUCUACGAUGUUGUCUCCAACACAUUCCGCCCCUUGCAAGUCCAAACCGAUACAUGGUGUUCUUCUGGUGCGGUUCUUCCCAACGGAACAUUGGUUCAAACCGGUGGAUACAACGAUGGUGAGCGCGCUGCUCGAACGUUUACCCCUUGUGGUUAUAGUGAAACAUGUGAUUGGAUUGAGUUUCCUCAGUAUUUAUCCCAACGUAGAUGGUAUGCCACCAACCAAAUUUUACCAGAUGGACGGAUCAUCGUGGUCGGAGGAAGGAGACAGUUCAACUUUGAAUUUUUCCCCCGACACAGCUCUAGGUCAAGAAGCUCAAGAUUUGAGUUCCUCAGAGAAACUUCAGACGGAAGUAACGAGAACAACUUAUAUCCGUUCAUACAUCUCUUGCCCGAUGGAAACUUAUUUGUCUUCGCUAACACAAGAUCCAUUGUGUUCGAUUACAAAAGGAACAGAGUGGUGAAAGAGUUUCCGGAGAUUCCAGGCGGUGAUCCAAGAAAUUAUCCAAGCAGUGGUUCUUCUAUACUAUUCCCAUUGGAUGAAACCAACGGCACUGACGUGCAAGUUGAGAUAAUGGUCUGUGGAGGCUCUCCUAGAGGUGGCUUCUCACGUGGAUUCACGCGUGCCACUUCCACGUGCGGGAGGCUCAAGCUGUCCGAUCAGAAUCCAAGUUGGGAAAUGGAAACCAUGCCCUUGCCACGCGUCAUGGGGGACAUGCUACUCUUACCAACGGGUGACGUCAUCAUUGUAAACGGAGCCGGAACUGGUACGGCCGGGUGGGAGAAGGCACGUGACCCGGUUAUCCAACCCCUGAUAUACCACCCCUUUGAUCGUCUCUUCUCCGUUAUGUCCACGCCAACGCGUCCUAGGAUGUACCAUUCCUCAGCUGUUUUGUUACCGGACGGUCGUGUUUUAGUUGGCGGAAGCAACCCUCACGUUUAUUACAAUUUUACCAACGUCGAGUAUCCAACGGAUUUGAGCCUCGAGGCUUAUUCUCCCCCAUAUCUAUCUUUCACAUCUGACCCAAUACGUCCCAAGAUAUUAACAAGCGACAAAGUAUUGGGUUACAAGAGGUUAUUUAACAUUGAUUUCUCCAUACCUCAGUUUCUGACCGUUGAUCUUCUCUCUGUGAGGAUAGUUGCACCUUCCUUCACUACGCACUCCUUUGCCAUGAAUCAGAGGAUGGUGAUCUUGAACCUACUCUCUGUGACGCGUGACCAGCUAACAAAUUCCUAUAGAGUCAAUGUCUUGGGUCCGUCAACAGCUGAGAUUGCUCCUCCGGGAUACUAUAUGAUGUUUUUGGUGCAUGCAGGUAUACCCAGCUCAGCCGCUUGGGUGCAAAUUGAGUGA